CAAAGGGCCUCUCACUUUGAAGCUUCUCCAUUCUGUGAGCUUGCUGGGGACAUCCAAGGCAAGACUGGCACUGAGACGACAGCAGGCAAUACAGCCCUCUAGUUGACAUGGGCUUUUGAAAUCAGAAACACAGCUGUGCUUGAUUUCAGCUGUCUCCGCUCCUCAUGCUGUUGUGAUCAAAACUCCCUUAAGCACUGAAAGAACAAGAACCAUGGAAUCCUUCAGCUCCAAAAGUCUGGCCCUGCAAGCGGAGAAGAAGCUGCUGAGUAAGAUGGCGGGUCGUUCCGUAGCUCAUCUCUUCGUCGACGAGACAAGCACCCAGGUGAUGGAUGAGCUCUACCGUGUGUCCAAAGAGUACACGCACAGCCGGCCGCAGGCCCAGCGGGUCAUCAAGGACCUCAUCAAGGUGGCCGUCAAGGUGGCCGUGCUGCACCGCAGCGGCUGCUUCAGCCCCAGUGAACUGGCCCUGGCUACCCGUUUUCGCCAGAAGCUGCGGCAGGGCGCCAUGACGGCACUCAGCUUUGGCGAGGUGGACUUCACCUUCGAGGCCGCGGUGCUGGCCGGCCUGCUGACCGAGUGCCGGGACAUGCUGCUGGAGCUGGUGGAGCACCACCUCACGCCCAAGUCACACGGUCGCAUCCGCCAUGUGUUCGAUCACUUCUCUGAUCCAGGCUUCCUCACUGCCCUCUACGGGCCUGACUUCACUCAGCACCUCGGCAAGAUCUGUGAUGGGCUCAGGAAGCUGCUGGAUGAGGGGAAGCUCUGAGAGCACUAAACCUAGAACCUUCCACCGGGCAAAAUGGCUGACUGAACAAAAUGGACAAGGAGCUUUCUAAUCCUGCUCCCCUGCACUAAUGCUUCAACCCUCAGGCUUUGUUUCUCCCUGAGAGAGCUUCUGACUCAGAACGCCUCACUUCCAAGCUGCUGGAGAAGAAGCCAUGCUAGGAGGAAGGGCUCUCUCCCUCUCCAGCCCCAGGACAGCAAACAAAGCUGCCCGAAAAAGGUGAAAUGAAACUUGGGUCUGCAUUUAUCCCAUAAGGGACGUUUGAAACAGGGAAGCUCCCUUUCCUAUGACUCAUGGGAAGGGAGGGGGUACAGUCCAUAUAUUCCCUCUGGGGACACUAAAAACAGAAGGGGGAGGGGGACCCUUGGAGACUUCCCAGUCCUCCAACUAGGAAGAUUCUAGAAGUUCUGUUGCAAAGUGCAAGAAAAGCGGGCUAGGGUAGGGGAGAUUUUCACAGGGAAAUAAAAAUACGAGAACAUG